AUGUCGCUUGAAGCUACUAUGAUCAUUGUCGACAACAGCGAAAGCAGUCGCAAUGGAGACUACACAUCAACCCGGUGGCAAUCUCAAGUCGAUGCCGUUAGCGUCAUCCACAGUGUCAAGAUGCGUGUACACCCGCAGUCAGCUGUCGGCCUCAUGAGCAUGGGCGGCAAGGGCCCCGAGGUGCUGUCGACCUUCACAUCCGACUUUGGAGCAAUUCUGGCAGGUCUUCAUGAGACGAAAAUCCACGGCACAUCCCAUCUCAGCUCGAGUAUUCAGGUUGCAGCUUUGGCCCUCAAGCACCGUAUGGAAAAGUCUCAGCGCCAACGCAUCAUCGUAUUCUCGUGCUCCCCUAUCGAAGAAGAUGAGAAAACCCUCGUGAAGCUAGCCAAGAAGAUGAAGAAGAACAAUGUGUCGAUCGAUGUGGUGGCAUUCGGAGACCUUGAGUCCGACCAGACCAAGAAGCUGGAGGCCUUCGUUGAGAACGUCAAGAGUGGCGAUGGAUCCAACCUCGCCAUCAUUCCUCCGGGUCCUAGACUGCUCAGCGAGGAGCUCCAGCAGACCCCGAUCCUGGCUGGUGAGGAUGCUGGCACUGGCAGUGGAGGCGGCGAGGGCGGCGAAGGUGGUGGCUUCGGGUUCGAGGAUGCCGCCGAGAACGACCCCGAGCUGGCCUUUGCUCUGCGGUUAUCGCUCGAGGAGGAGAAGAACAGACAGGAGAAGGAGAAGCGCGACCAGGAAGAGCAGGAAGGCAAGACACAACUGGGCAAUAUCCCCGAGGAAGGCUCCAGCGGUGACAAAGAUAAGAAGGACGAGGACAAGAUGGACACUGCGUAA